AUGGGUGUUUUAUAUAGGCAAGUGAGAAAGGACGAUUUAGCAUCGAAUGCUUUCAACACAGCCUUACAAAAAGCUGAAAAUAAUGCACUUUCACAAGAUUACAAGUCCAGCAUUCUUUCUAAUUUGGCCUUGUUAAUGUUUCAAACUGGUGAUUAUAAGCGUGGUUAUUCUAUUCUCGAUACACUGAGAUCAUUAGAACACGUUGAAAAUAACGAAGAAAAUGAGUGUGGCAAUUUAUACAAUAUGGCUCUCAUUCGAUUUCACCAAGGCGAUUUUAUCGGAGCUCUGAAUUAUUUUGAGGAAGCAUUGAACAAAGCGAAAAACAUCACAUCUGGACAACUUCUUAUGAUAUCCAUUGAUCAAAAUAUGGCUCUAGCACACUGUCGAUUAGGUAACAUGCAGCAAGCUAGACAAGCAUGUGAACAGGCUGAAAAAAUGAUGAAAAAGUACUCACCAUCGACUCAUCCUACAUUGGCUGAUCUUUAUCUCACUUAUGCAAUAGUGCUAUUUGAAAGUGGCGAAUCAUAUCAUCAACAAUCACUAGAGUAUCUAGAAAAAGCUUUAAGGAUUGAGUCUGUAUCAACGGACUUCGAUUUACGAGCUCGCAUUUAUAAUGGACUAGCUGGCAUCUAUACUCAAUUUGGCGAUACUGAUCGUGCAUUGGACUAUUGUCGUCAAACUCUUGCGCUACGCUCUUCUUUGGCCACAGACGUUUUAGGAGAUGUUUAUAUGAAAAUGGCUCAGAUUUAUGCGAAUUCUGGGGAUGACAAAUAUGAAGAAGCAGUUGAGUUGAUGAAUGAAAGUAUAACUCUUUUUUCGAGCGUUCUACCUGAUCAUCAUCCACGUCUAGCCUUUGCACAUCACCAGCUUGCUGUGAUAUAUGCGAAUUGGGGAAAAGAGCCAAAUAAAGCGUUGGGACACUUGGAAAAGGCUUAUGAUAUUGCUCAUUAUACACUUCCUUCUAACCAUCCUCAAAUAGCUAUGCUUGAAAACGAUAUUCUCACUGUUUUCGCGCAAAUAGCGCUGAAAUGUUUGGUUGGUGGCGAUCGAGAAGAAGCCAUUGCAUAUUUGGAAAAAUAUUUUGAUCCACGCAUAACUGGAAUGAACGUGUUCGAUUAUGAUGAAUUUAAAAAGCUAUUAGGUGACAACUAUCAUGCAUUAUUAAUAGACUUUGAAGAGGAUAUUGUGACGGUUUUAGAUGGAAUAGGCAAUGCUUAA